CGAAGUAGCAGCCGGGCAAGCCCCCUCGUCGAGGGUCUGCUGCGGCGCCUUCGCUCGCUUCUCUCCCCACCCCCCAGCCAGGCGCUGGAGCCGCAGCUGCCUCCCUCCCUCCCUCCCGCGCCCUCCCACUUACCCCCCCCCCCCCGCCGCCCAGCCGUCUAUAAAAAGCAAAGUCCGGCUUGGCAGACAGAGACGCCAGCGAAGGGGCCCGGGCGAGCCAGGCGCAGCAUUGUUGGACGUGCGAUCCCUGGAGGCUGCUCGAGCCGAUCCACAGCGGGGGGCUCCGGAGGGCGGGACCGGAGGGGCCGAUUUGGUGGGCAAGCGGGUGAGGGGCGCCCCCUCGGACGGGCCACCAUGGACCUGAGCACGGCGCGGCCGUCGGCCGGCGACCUCGCCGACCUCACCAGCCAGGACGCGCAGACGGUGUGCGAGGCGCUGGGCCGCUACGAGGAGACGCUGCGCGGCGCCGUCCGGGAGAUCCACGUGGACAUCCAGGUGUUCAAGAGCGGCGUGGACCGGCAGGUGGCCGAGGUGCUGCGCCUGGCCAGCCCCCUGGCCCACACCGUGGCCGAGCUGCAGCAGGAGAACCGGCUCUUGCGGGCGCAGGUGGAGCGCCUGGCCAGGCAGGUGGACGCCCUCCGCGGCGCCGCCGGGCUGAGCGACGACGGGACGGGCGAGCUGGGCGGCGCGCCCCCGGGCCGGCUGAGCGGCGGCGCCCGGUUCUCCAGCCACGCCCGCCUGGCCUUGUCGACCAAGAGCCAGAGUUUGGACUUGGAGGAUCAGAAUGACUCGGAGAGCAAGAACGUUUCUGAUUUCCCCAUAAUUGAAAACGGACAUCAACCAUUAGGAAGUAAGACGAAAAACUCUUCAGGUGAAAUGGACAGGCUUUCUGAACCCUUGAAUUGGGGCCUGGCGAAGCUUGCUCCGGAACCAGCCUCACCUCUUCGCUCGCCUAACGCGCCCCCUGAGGCACACGCUCCAGCUGUGAGCUCACGGAUGCCGCACCUUCCGGUUACCUCGGUAACCAGAGUAUCAGAAACUUUUUCAGGAGAAACCUCUGGGGAGCCGACCGCCCCGAGCGUCCCUGGCGGGCAGCAGAACAAAAGCCACAGUGAAGCAGUGUCGAAAACGUCAAAUCAAGCAGUGAGUGCUGUGAAAAGCUGGAGUUCAAGCUCUGUUCGGACAAGCGCCUCCAUCACCUCAGAAAAAUUCUCUUCCGUCACAAAGUCCAUGUCGGCUGUGAGCUACGGAGUGACUGGUGGAACCCAAGCUAGUGAGAGCGUGACCGCCAGCCAGCAGGACACAGUCCCCAAAUCCCAUUCCUCGCCUCCGACGGCCCACCGGCCAGUGGAAAAACGGAGAGAGUUGGUGAGGUCUCAGACGUUGCCUCGCACUUCGGGAACACAGGCCAGGAAGGCGCUUUUUGAGAAGUUUGACCAGGACCGUGGAAAGGGCAAAGGGGAGGUCAGGCCUAAGCUGAAACGGUCGCAGAGCUUUGGGGUUGCCAGCGCAAGCAGCAUCAAGCAGAUCCUCUUGGAAUGGUGCCGCUCCAAAACCAUUGGCUACAAGCAUAUCGACCUGCAGAACUUCUCGUCCAGCUGGAGCGACGGGAUGGCUUUUUGCGCCCUCGUCCACUCAUUUUUCCCUGAAGCGUUUGAUUACAACGCUCUCGACCCUGCCAAGCACAAGGAGAACUUUGAAACGGCGUUCACCACGGCAGAGAAAAUGGCCAAUUGUGACCGCCUGAUAGAAGUGGAGGACAUGAUGGUGAUGGGCCGCAAGCCGGACCCCAUGUGCGUCUUUACCUACGUGCAGUCCCUCUACAACCACCUCCGCCGAUUUGAAUGAAGCCGGGAAGGUCCUCCUCCGCCCCGAGAGGACUGUGACGGUGAGGACGGGGCUCGUUCCUCUUGUUCCCGGCGCUUGCUGUUGCUCCGCCGCUUGUGUCGCUGACAUGACAGCCACAGGGGAGGCUCCCAUAUGGCUGGACGCCGGUACUAGCCGACGGGAAGUCAGGCGCACGGCUCCAGGGCUGGUCAAAGCAGGAUCUCCAGAACCAGAACCGAUCCAUUCUCUGAAAUGGAUUCCAAUAAGCAAACUGAGUGGAUGCUGAAUAGAAGCUGAAUGGGGUCUGCUGAACCUGGCAGCUUCAGUUCUCUGACUAGGGAACAGGACCGUUUCCUAAUCCUCUUUCUUACGUAGCAAAGCAGGGAGAGCUGGCUGCACAGGGGAGCCCUCAUUAUGUUGGACAGGGACAAGCACAACUGCAUGCUGAAGUUCCUGGAAGUUGCUCUGCCGUGUGCCAAAAACUGCCUCUUGGAGCAUUACAAAGACUCACAACCGGCCAUUGAAUCCUCACUUCCAUGCCAGGGAAGUGUUCCUUGAGACUAGCUAUUGACAAAAUGGGUUACAAAAUGCAAACAGGGAGGGUGUUGCAUGUCAGGCAAAAAAUCCUUGCCCCAAGCUGGGCUUGCUGAUGAAUUACAUCCCCUCCCCUCCGCUGCUUUCAGGAAUGAGCAGUUGGUUUGUUGGUGGAGUCGUCCCUCACUUUGUAAGUGUCUGGGGGGGAGGGAGCACGCUAGCUUACUCCCUUUCAGACACACUAAACUUGGAAGGUGCAAGGAAGCUAUCAACAGCCCAUAUCCCAAUGCACAGGAAGCCCUACCUGCCCUUCUGUGCAGCUAUAACCUGCGCUUUGAAAAACCCAAGCAGAAAGACACAGAUUUGCUCUCUGAAUAAAUUAUGCCAAUCAAACAAUAUGUUAUGAAAAUAAGCAACCCUGCUUAUGCUAGCUGCAGGGAGGAAUAAAAAGCUAAGCAGUCUUUUGAACUCACCCCCUGCCCCACCAAAUUGGGAAUUCUGUUCUGACUCCUGCAGCUUUACCUUUUGACCUUUCCCAUGUUCACCUCCAUAGCCACAAGGACUAGAGGUGUAGAGGUUUAUCCAGAGUGGAGGUUCUGUAUCUCUCGAUUUCUGCAUUAGAAAGACUGUGAUUGCGCGGUGCCACCAGAGCGGGCAGAAAACAGGGGCUUGUUUUCCACUUUGCCACACAGCCCAGCCUACCAAAGACCCUAUAAAGAACGGGGUGCACCAUUUUCAGUCACCCGUAAUCCAAACCACGCAGGUGAUGGGAAAGGCUGCAAACUUUUGCCCCUAAUUUCAGAUUGGGGUGGGGAGGAUGACUAAUCAAUGAGGGAAAGGAUUCCGGUGCUCUUUCGGAAAUGUUGAAGUGGCAGCUUUUGUUGCACGUGUUCCACAGCUGGGAUUCAGACUGGGAGAGGUUUGGCUGCCGUGGCUGUAAAGUGCUGGAGUGUUCCAUACGCCUCCUUUGGUGCCCAAGCAUGCCCCUUUUCCAGCCGUGAUUCCAGCAGGACACUGUGCCCAGCCCAGGUUGCUCUGCCAAGCACUGCUGGGCUGGGCAGGGCUCUGCCAGAGGCUUUGGAUGAAAUCUGUACAUCAGCGUGCUGCAAUAUCAGGCUAAGAUCACGUUACCUGCUUUGCAGCUUUGAAAGCAGCCCUAAUGGCACAGGUGGGCAGAGGGGGGUGCUUGUGGGCCUGGGAAUCUCUGGCUAUUAGCCCAUGUGCAACAUGUUCGAAGAAAACCAGGCCCAAUCCCACUGUCGUUUGAGCCAGGUGGGCAAAGGUGCUCCCUGAGAAGCCAGCCAAGCUUGCUCAGGCUACCAGGAGCCAUUCCUGAGUUUUGGCUCCGUGUUUCGUUGCUGUUAUUUAUAAACCGAAACGACUUCUGGUUCUGUACCGAGGGCCAUUUCUAAUAAAAAGUUAUCAAAGACA